AAAAUCGAAUCGCACUUGCCGUUUGGGGCGGUCUCCACCUUUCUUCGCCCAGUUCCGGCUUCGGACAUCCAACAGGAAAAAACCCAUCUUCCGGUAUUCACUCUCUUCCACCACUAUUCGAUCUUAAAUAAAAGUGGUAGACUUGCACAGAAGCAAGGAGGCCGGCAAGAGCUCCCAGCACGCAUCCUCUUGCCGAUAAUCACUUCCGGCCGAUAUCAUCAUACAUUCGCGAUAACCUCCGCCCUUCAAGUAUCAAGCACUCCUUUCCCAUUCCGCUCUGUACCGCACUUCACGAGUAGUGGUUUGUCGCCCCGAAACCACCUUGAGCGCUUUCACCAAUCGUUACCCUUCCGAUUUACUCAUUCCGUAUUACGGUUGACCACAGAGAGUGCACGGAUCUUCGCGGCUGAUUGCAACGAUUAUCCGCGAGUUCGAUUACGAUCUCUGAAGCUUAGUCUCCAGCAUAGGGUUUGGUGGCCGACGAGACUCCUACAGAUAGGAAGCGGAGAGAACAUACGAAGGCUGAGAGAAGGCAGCGUUGUUUGAUUGCACGCUUUCAACAGUGGAUAAGCUAGCAAGUGGUCCCUAAAAGACUUGUUACGCAAGAUUUCGUUUUAGCGCUCAGCAGUCUGAGACCUCCGUUGACAUUGUUUUUGUUUGUGGACGCCAUCGAGCAUACACACCAAUACUUUAUCUUUUACGCAAUCACCUUUUUGUUUACAGCUUCAUCGAUCCCGGUCUACUUUACAUUUGCCAUCUCUCGGGUUUCAACAGCGCGAGAGUUAAAAUACGCAGACAUACACCGUAGAAAAAGGCGAAGGAAGAGUGCCGCCUUCCCGUAGGGCACAUCCCAUACUAUGGCCCUUCCCCAUCCACCUCAGGCCAGUUUUCACGGUCAAUCUCAACCACCAUAUCAUAUACAACAAAAUCAGAUGAUGUCUCAGCAUAUGCAGCAACAACAGAUUCAACAGGCAGCCCAAGUUCAAGCUCAGACGCAACAGCAACUACCACAGAACCCACAGCAGUUUCAUCAAUAUGGAAUGGUAAGACCGGUUGGUAUGAAUACUCUUGCAUUGAGUCAGCAGCAGCAGCAUGCUCUCCAGCAAGCACAGGCACGGCAACAGCAAAUUAUCCAGGCUCAAGCUCAAGUGCAAGCUCAGGCUCAGGCUCAGGCUCAGGCUCAAACCCGAGCUGCUCAAUCAGGACAACAACAGGCUAACCAACGUGUCGUUCCGCCAUCCCCUCACCAUCCUUCCCCUUCACCACAUAUGGACCACCAGUUUCAACCCGACAUGGCGUACCCUCAUCCUCUUCAACAAGCGCCUGGUAUGCAUGUGAGCCAGAUGUCUCCCCGUUCCGCAAGGGCUGUCUCUGGAAUGCCACAAGGUGUUCAAGUAGACAAUCCGGCUCAUCCGAAAAAUAUGGCGGGUGGAUCAGCGUGGAUGCAAAACGCCAUGGCCGGCCCUUUACAACACUCUGGUCAACAACCACAAAAUCCUCAACAAUCACAAUCCCAACAACCGCAACCCAUCUCUCAUCAACAUCAACUCCAACCAUCCCAUUUACCGCAUUCAACGCCCACUCCUCAACAUCAAAUGCCUCCGCAAAUACUCGGUCAGCCUCAAGGUUCAGGGCCUGGGGCCGCACCAGGACAAGGUCCAGGUCAACGGAUGGCUCAACAAAUGGGACAUGCACAACAGAUGGAGCAAGCAGAAUAUGGGUUAGGGAUGUCGACGGGUACGACAAUGUCUCGAGCAACUAACUCAAACCAAGGGCCUGUGAGAUGGGAUGCGGAUCAUGCUUUGAAAGCCUAUGUACAUGAUUACCUGGUAAAGCAUGGAUUUUCAGGGACUGCUGCUCAGUUCAACAUGGAAGCAGGUCUGAAUGAUGGGGGGAUCCCUGUCAACGCUAGGGAAGGUGUUUUAUAUGAAUGGUGGAAUAUUUUUUUGGAACUGUUCAGUGCAGGAAGAGGCGUACAAGCCGUCAUACAACCAAGUUACUACACCGAGUGCAUGACAAGGAUGCGCUCAUUUCGACAACAUCAGAUGAUUAACAAUGUCACGUACACCGCGCAAAACGUACAAACUGCCGCCAAUCAACCUCCGCAGCCUGCUUUCACUUCUCAGCAAAUCAUGGCUCUUCGACAGCAAGCUCAAGCAAUGGGUCUGUCUCCCCAGCAGGCGAAUCAGUAUGUUCAACAGCAGGUGCAGCAAAUACAGCAGCAACAUCAGCAGCAACAACAACAACUACAACAGCAACAACAACAACAACAGCAACAGCAACAGCAACAGCAACAGCAACAACAGCAACAACAACAACAGCGACAACCGCAACAGCAGCAACAACAACAACAGCAGCAACAACAACAACAGCAACAACAACAACAACAGCAACAACAACAACAACAGCAACAACAGCAACAACAACAGCAACAACAACAACAUGCAAUGAUGCAGCAGCAACAGCAGCAGCGGUUCCAGUUUGCGCCCACCAGCUCACCUGCAGCCAUAGGAAGACCUGCUUCUCGACAAGAUCAGCAAGCUCAGCCCACCAUGUAUCAACCCCAACCUCAAAUGGAACUCCAACCGCCUGCUGUUGUGCGUACCUCAAGUCAUUCCCCCAUCAAUCCUUCACCACACAUGGUGCAGCAACCUCAUCCGGGUGUCAUGCCUUCCCCUAGCCAGCCCAUGCGGCCACCUAUCAGUGGUCUUAUGGCCAAUGGUCAGAUGCGGAUACCGUCUUCCGGACCUCCACCGGGUACAAGGCGCGGACAACCUCAGCCCCAGCCACAGACUCAAGGUCACACCCAGGGAUACGUCGACCCCUCCCAGACCCCCACUACCGCACCUAGUCCGGCCCAGGGCCAUCAAGCACAUCCUCAUCAACCUCAACCGGGACAGACACAACAUCCGCAUCAACAUACGCACCACCCCAAUGCUCAACAUAUGCCUCAGCCACAGCAUCCGCACAUGACACCGACUCAGCAGCAACAACACAUGAUUCAAAAUCAGUCGGUCAAUGUACAAACUGCUCAACAACGUGCCCAGCAAUCUCUGGCUGAAAUGCAUGCCCAAGCCCAAGUUCAGGCGCAAGCCCAACAACAGCAACAGCUGCUUCAUUCUCAGCAACAAGCCCAAGCUCAAGCCGCUGCUCAAGCAGCUCAGCAAAGGGAACAGGCUAUCCAGGCUCAACAACAGCACAUACAGGCGGUGAACAGUCAGAUGUGGGAGGGGCUGGGACUCGGGCAUGUCAAUCAUGGUGUAAUGAACUAUAGUGCUCAGAGUCUGGGGCUGGGUGGGAAAGAUCCACAGUCAAUGGAUGAGGAGGAAAAGCAACGCUUGAUACAUACGUAUAAGCUAACUCUCCAAGAGAACCAGCGGAAAGCAAUGAUGGGUGCUCAGCAAUCUCAACAGCAAACGCCUCAGAUGCAACAUCAAGGCCAGGGGGGUCCAGGACAGCUGCAUCAGAAUCAGCAAUACACGAUGAUGCCGCAUCAGCAGUCUGUGCACCCGCAAGGGUAUCCAGACAUGAGACCCAACGGUACUAUGACUCGCAACCAGUCUUAUGAGCUUUCUCAACAGCAGCAGCCUCAGGAGGAAAAUAAGGCUGCACCUACACCCGGAUCAUUGAAUCAGUCAACAAAUAACUCUUCUUCGGCAUCUCAAUCCGCUUCGACUCCUACAACAUCUACUGCAAACAAGCCCUCGCCGCCAGAAAGGAAGCGCAAAAGGAAGAACUCAGAGAAGGAAAACAAGCCGUCAAGUCCGUUUGGGAUGUCCCAAUUCGGGCAAGGACAAGCGGGCCAGGGACAGCAAGGCCCAAAUGCCGGAGCAGCGGGGCCUGUAACAUCCGGGGCUAAUGCUACUAAUGAUCCCAUGCGUUCCAUACCUGGCACAGCACCGCCACGUCCUGUUUCGGCUUCACCACGCAAUCCUACAAGACGUGAGAAACGGAACCAAGCUAAAGAGAUGUUGCCCCCGCGCACUACGACACCAAAACCAGCUUCUGGUGGCGGUGCAAAUGCGGAGACUGAUGCACGAGAGAUGAAAGAACGGAAGGAGACGACUGGACGAGGGGGAAAAGUCAGUAGGACACCGAAAAUGCCCAAGGAGGAAUUACUGCGGGAGGUCCCCACACCUAAAUCAUUGAAUCUAUCUCCUAACGGCAAUGUAAUAACUGUCACCGACGUUAAUCCUAAUUCGGCAUCCACCCAUGGUUUCACCCCUUCUCCACCAUCAGCAUCAACCUCCACCCCUGCGAAUGGCGCACUAUCGCUGCCUUCUACAACACCUGCCAGUGGCCAAAUAUCUCUUCCCAACGACCUUUCCAUGUCUCACAUGGACUUUGGCAUGGGCUUAGGUAGCAUGGGUUUGGGUGGCAUGGGCAUGGAGUUCGCCAUGGGCAUGGGCCUCGGUGCGCUCGGCGGGAUAAACGACAACAAUCGUCAAGGGAUGGGAAACAAUAAUGGCGGACCUGGAGGCAACAACAGCCUUGAAGAUAACCAUGGGGGGGAUGCGAACGCGGGGAGUGAUUUGGAUGCGUUAGCAGGCAUAGGACAAGAUUUCGAUUUUGGAUUGUACCUCGCCGCUCUGGAUGAGGAAGGCGACAACGGAGGGAGCAACGGAGGAAGUGGUGGGAAUGGGGAGGUGAUUGUAUAAAUGCCAGUGACAUGGGUUAGAGGGCGCGAGGGAAAGAGAAACAUCAUUUUGGCAAUAUCGCAUUCUGUUCGUCAAAAAGUUAAUAAUCCCUUGCAGAGAGAGGUUCAAGGAAUCGAAUAAGGUCUGUCGCCACGUUUCAUGGUCAUCUACUCUUGUGUCUUUCUACUAUUUGUCUUUUUUCUUUCUGCUUUACAUUCAUCAGUCACUGGUCUUUCCAUAUACCCAUUCAUCUUUCUUGCGUUUUUGUUUUCUUUUUCAUGGUAAUGAUCUCUCUUGUCAGGUGUUAUCGGUCAAUAUUCAAUAUAUAAUGAUUUCUCUACUUUUGCUGCCAUCUGGCUGAGAGAUAGAUGUGCGUGUCCUUGACAUAGCUUAUGCAUAGUG